AUGGCUGAUGCAAGCUUUCAGAAGGAAUUCCUGGAAACCCACAACGCCUACAGGGCGAAGCACAAAACACCAGAGAUGACCCUGAGCAGCGAGCUGACUGCUUCAGCUCAGAAAUGGGCCGAUCAAUUGCUGGAGCUCGACAACAUGAAGCACAGUGACACUAAGGACGGAGAGAACAUCUACUAUAAGUCCAGCUCAGCUCAACUGACAGGGAAAGAAGCUGUAGAAUGCUGGUACAGUGAGAUUGAGGAUUACGACUGGAGCAGCCCUGGAAGCAAUAAGAAGACUGGUCAUUUUACUCAGGUGGUGUGGAAAAACAGCACUGAAUUGGGCGUUGGUAUGGCCACCGAUGGCAGGAAGAAGUAUGUGGUUGGGCAGUACAGGCCAAGUGGCAACAUGAGGGGAGACUUUGAGAAAAACGUCCUCCCGCUAGAGUAA